AUGGCUCACGAAUCAUCUGGCUCGUCUGACAAGACGAUUCGACUAUGGGAUGUACACCAUACCCCCUCUUGGAGCGCCGCUUCGGGCAUGAAUACUCUGUCCCAAGCCACUAGGCGGGAUCAGAACCGCAUUGCCCAGCGUGAUUUCAGAUUGAGAAAGCAACAAAAGAUCCGAGACUUGGAGCGCAAAGUUGAAAUUCUCUCCGCAAAUAGGGAAGACUCGUUGAAGGCACUAGACGGGAUGCUGCAAGACUUGGUUCGCGAAAACCAAGCACUGCGGCAGCUUGUACGGGACCUCUCGGGCUUCAUUGGGGAAGGCAUUGGAGGGUUCUUGCCUAAACUCGGCUGGGACAUUCAAAGCUUUGAGGACUUCAAGUCAAAGGGAGAGUUAGAUACAAUGGGAGAGUCAUAUGCGUGGCGCAAGAAGAAUCCAAACACGCCUGCUCCAAUUGUGCCGACUCUUGUAGGACAGAAAAGGAGAAUUGACGAGCCAACUGAGGCGAGAAAAAAGUCAAAGAGCAACGAUAACGAGGAGUUGACCCUCCCCCCGCCCAAUUCGUUUAUCAACACGUCCAUUUUCACAGCACAAUCAUCCAAUCCCGUGCCUUCAACCAACGCCAAUCUCCCUAAUGGGGCACUCUUUAGUGCGGACUAUGCCUCCAAUGCUCCAGGGCCUAUGCCAGCAAUCAAUACAUCGACACCAUCUGGGUUGAGCCCCUAUGGAGGUGGUGGAGGGUCCACGCCGUCCUCUAUCAACAAUUCGAACCCGCUGAAUAGUGCGGCUGCGAAUACGUAUCCAGCAUAUUCUGCGCCAUCUAGACCUGCACCUUCCGAUGGUUCGGCGCCCCAUCUAUUGGCACUUCGAAUUCACGCUGAAGAUCCGCUUCAAGUGAAGAAAGAAGAAGCUGGUAGACUUAUUCAUCACCAUCUUUCCAACUAUAAACGGAACCCUGCUUACUGUCUGCCGGCCUCUCUCCGUCCAACACAGAUUCAGCGCACCAUAGCACACGAAUUUGUCAUUGAUGGAAUUGUUAUCCCGGACAUCCGCGAUAAGAUGAUACUUUACAAAGGUCGAUUUGACCUAGCAAGUGCGAUGCAUCUUAUGCUCAGCACAUCUCGCAUUCACUCUGAAGAUACAAUGGUUCACACAUUGGGAGAUGUCAGAGUGGUUUUAGACAGUAUGGAUUCCUUGCAACAGCUUCUGUCCUCGAAGUAG